AUGCGCACGCACGCGUUCUCGCGCGCGACGGGAUCGCACAUCGCGGUCGCGGGGGCGACACACGCGAUGGGACGAUCGGCGCGGGCGAUAUCUCGAACGAGAUCGCGCGGAUUUUCAUCUUCUGAGGCGACGACGAGCGCGCGCGUGGGUGUGCGUUCGACAGAGUAUCACGGUGAAAGUCUUUCGGUGUCGCGUGCGAGGGGGUCACGGGCGUCGACGUCGUUGAGAGGUCGAGGAGCGACGACGACGACGCGGGCGUCGUUUUCGUCUCCGACGGAGUCGUACGACGAGUCACACGGGACGCACAACGCGAGUCGACAAGCGAAGGCUUUGGUCGAGCGUCUGGCGUCGACGUUUCUCACGACGAGAUCUCCGCGAAGGCGCAGCGCGGCCACGCGCGCGUGGCUCGUGGACGAGGUCGCGGGCCCGAGCGAGCGCUCAAAGAUAAUAAAGGCGACGGAAUUCGAAGUCGCCGACGCGCGAGAUUUGCGUUCGAGUGGGAGUAAGGGUCUCGAGCUGUACGAUAAACUGCGAGCGCACGAGCGAGCGAUAAUUGUCGCGCAGUUGCUUCGCCCGACCGUACUGGGGACGUUAGGUGCCCAAGGAGAAGACCUCGCGUACGUCGACGCCGAGGCGCUUGCGACGGACGAGCCGGGUGGAGAGUGCGACGACAGGUUGGCCAACUAUUGCUUCUCCUGUCCGCUUCGAUCGUUCGGAGCUUCGAACGAUGAAGACGUGGCGUCAUCUAUGUGUGGAUUUGAAUGCGCGAUUCGCUCGCGCAUCGAGUCUCGAUCGCCCGGACAGGCGACGUACUCCGCCGCCGUCUUCUCGACAAAGUCUGGCGGGCUUGAGGAAUUUCUCAUAAUCUCCCAGGGCGACUCGCACGUCACGCGGCGCGCGAAAUUCUCCCGCGAGUUGAGAGAAAAGCUGGGCGUGAGCUCGCGAUGA